UUAUCUGUAAAAAGCCGGCCAGCUGUAGAGCGGAACAACACACACCGAACACUUCAUGAUUGUUAGACUGCAGGCUGCAGCACAGGCCAUCCCGUCCUCCUGUAUUGGUAGGCGGGGGACCAGAUGAGACCACAGUGUCAUCAACAGGCCGUGACCCAGGACAUCUACAUGCCACACGAGAGUCCUACCUGCGCACAUACAGAACGUCGUGCGCGUGUAUCUGCAAUUGCACGCUUUGCACGCGCAGAACGCACACAGCCGUCGCUCGCAUUCAAGUCAUAAAAAGGCUCGGGAAAGAGAAAGACAAAAGUGGAUAAAAGGAACGCAGGAAAGGAGAGUAAGCUGUCCUGAGAAGCAUCGUCGUGUCUUGACGCCGCGAACGUGAUUCACUGAGGCAGAGAGUGAAAAAACAAAGAUGAAACCGCAAAGACGUUGGACUUUGGAAAUGCGCACCAAGACUGUUUUGGUCCCCAAAAAAAAAAAGGAAAGGACACUCUGAGAUAAGGUGAGGGUAGGUCUGGCACGGCUGAAAGAGCAGGCACAUUGUGGCCGUGUCACCUGUUGCAUGUGCGUCAUCUUCCCACGACACGCGCCUGCCUGCCUGCCGACGCCCGCGCACGGGCGCACGGAUAUAGCCGCAGAUGUGGAACGUGGACACCAACAGACGCACGCAUGGGCCUCGUGGCUUUGAUUUGAGAAGAUACUACAGCGAUAUGUUUGUCGAGGUACAUUUGUUAUCUUAGACUGACAGUGACGGUAGGCCCACCAGUGGCCCUCUCUCCGACAACAUCUCUCAUUGAAUCAGCUGGGUUUGAUGAGAGAGAGAGAGAGAGAUAGUAAAAAAAGAUUAAAAAAAUAAACAACUCAAGGUUCGAAAACACUCAUAAACAUCAGCAGAAAUCAAGACAGAAGUAAGCGGACUAAUUUAUCUCAGUGAAACCUCAACUGGCGUCCAGUCGGUUUCUAAAACUACUAAACAUCUGACUGAAGACCAGGGUAAGGACAAUAUUAUGCUCAAAGAAUUUCAGCUGCUUGUGAUAACCGUCACACUGCUCUGCCAUGGAAGUGAAAUAAAAGGAGAGAAUCACUACAUCAACAAAUGGGCAGCCCAAAUAGAAGGUGGUCUUGACCAGGCCACGAGAAUCGCAAAGCGCCAUGGAUACAGUUUGGUUGAAGCAAUUCCUCACCUGGAUGACUUCUACAUUUUACUUCGCGAUGAUGUCCCCACGAGAUCCAAGCGCAGCGCACAUCAUCACACACGCCGCCUCACCGAGGACAGCGAGGUGAUCUGGGCAGAACAGCAGGUGUCGAAAUCUCGUGUUAAAAGAGAAGUUAAAGCAAGCUACAUUCGAAGUGAUGGAAGUGUUGGAUUCAAUGAUCCGAUGUACAACUCCCAGUGGUACCUUCACGGCAAGCAGGACGAGCACCAGGUCCGCAGACAGGGUCCCAUCAAGAACAUGGCGAUCGAAGAGGCCUGGAAGACAGGAGCUACGGGCAAAGGAGUCGUCCUUUCAGUUCUGGACGACGGUAUUGAGCACAACCAUACGGAUCUUGCCCAAAACUACGACCCGUUUGCCAGCGGUGAUCUCAAUGACAACGACGACGACCCUUUCCCUCGCUAUGACAUCACCAAUGAAAACAAACACGGGACUCGGUGUGCCGGAGAAAUCGCCAUGAUUGCCAACAAUGGUGUGUGUGGUGUGGGCGUCGCCUUCAAGAGCAGGAUUGGUGGUGUGCGCAUUCUAGAUGGCAAGGUGACAGACGAGAUCGAGGCCAGGUCCCUGACCUACAACCUUUCUCACAUCGACAUCUACUCCGCCAGCUGGGGUCCCAAUGAUGAUGGCAACACUUUAGAAGGCCCGGGGAAACUGGCGUCGCUGGCUCUACAGAAAGGUGUUACUCAGGGCCGACAAGGCAAGGGGGCCAUCUACAUGUGGGCUUCCGGAAAUGGCGGGCGCAUGCGUGACAACUGCAACUGCGACGGCUACACAUCAUCCAUCUACACGUUGUCGGUGUCGUCGGCGUCUGAGCAUGGUAUCAAGCCUUGGUACAGCGAGCGCUGCGCCUCCACCUUCACCUCCGCUUACUCCAGCGGCAACAUGGCCGACCACUCCGUGGUGAGUGCAGACCUCCACAACCUGUGCACCACUCAACAUACGGGUACAUCGGCUGCUGCGCCCAUCGCAGCAGGAAUAGUGGCUCUGGCGCUGGAGAAAAACCCCUCUCUAACAUGGCGGGACGUGCAACAUCUGGUGGCGUGGACGUCCAACAUGGGGCCUCUAGAGGCUGAGAGUGGAUGGUUCCAGAAUGCUGCCGGCUUCUGCGUCAACCCAGCUUUUGGUUUCGGCCUCAUGGACGCUUUCAAGCUGGUCGUCACCGCUGACCCGGAGACCUGGGUGAACGUGCCACCCCAGGUCACGUGCACAGUGAAAGCGAGUAAUGCGUCUAACCUCCCUCAGAACCUGAACUCCGGACAUUUCAUCGAGGUGCAGAUACAAACAAACGGGUGCGAAGACACCCCUAAUGAGGUGAACUACAUAGAGCAUAUAGAAGUCGUCUUCUCCCUCUCCUACACCAAGAGAGGUGACAUCGGAGCUUCACUAGUAUCGCCAUCAGGCACCGAGACAGUGCUAAUGGAGCCCAGAGAGUAUGACAGAUCAUCAGAAGGUUUUGACGAAUGGCCUCUAAUGGCGGUGCACUUCUGGGGGGAGAAACCUGAGGGAACAUGGCGCUUCAGGGUCUACGACAAAACGGACAAUAAGAACCACGGUGUGCUGACAAACGUUUCCUUGGUCAUUCACGGCACCAAAGAGAUCCCUAACCACAUGAAGAACGGACCCAAGAAGUGUGACGUAGAGAUGAAGGCGUAUCAAAAGAAUAUGCAAGAAAAGCCAAAAGAAAACGAGGAGGCUCAGUACGCAGACACGGAGGUCAAGGCUGGGUUGAUGAAGACCAUUGAGGGCUUGCUGGCAUCCUCCGCCAUCAACAGCACGCUGCCGCCUGCCAAAGCGCGGGAAAAUGCACUCAUUGACCUUCUGCAAAGAGUGUAUGUCUGAUGUUAGCAUCGGGGCCUAGGCGCAGCUGUUGACAUUAAAAUUGUUUGGGAGCCAGACACUGCUGAG